UUCUCCACAAUCCCAACAAUGCUUUCAUUUAUUUCCCGCUGUCUCUGCAGAUCUGCCUGUAUCAAAAUCUCAUUACGGAAUUUCGGAUGUUGAUUAGCAUUUGCGAAGGCCCUAUAACGUCUAGCUCGAUACUGAUGACGAACGAUAUAAUCCAAGUUCUGCAAUAGAAAAGGGUUAAAGAAAUACUCAUGAAGAUAUCAACAACAGAACCCACCUCUUGCUUGAGCAAUGUUGCUUGUUCCACCUCUGAUUUUAUCAGUUUCGUUUGAAUCUUCUCUUCCUCUAUGAGUUGCUUCUUGUUUUCAAUCUCAGCCUGAAGCAACUUUUGUGCCGUAUCGAUUUCUAUCAAGUUCUUUUCCGCAGUCGAAAUCUCCCCAAAUACAAUCUUCAAUUUAUUCUUCAACUCAUUGAUCUUGUGCUGCAUAGUUGAACGUGUCUUAAAUUUGCUUCCAUACACCUUCUCUCUGGCAUUGACCGUGUCGAAAAUAUGCUCCCUAUGAUGCACGGUGUUCUCCAAAUCGGCCACAAAUUUUUCCUGCAUUCGCUUCAACUGAGCGAAGCGUACCUGCAUCCGGUGAAUCUCUGCCUUCAUUAUUCCAAUCUCACUGUUCUGGGCAGACUCCUCGUCCUUGAACUUCUUCGCCUCGGCGGACAUCUUGUACUUUGUCUCCCAGGACAGUGCUUCGCGAUGCUUCUCCAACACUUCAUGUUUGCAAUCGUCAAUUUCUUUACCGAGAUCCUGUAGAUCUUGCUCUAGAUUCAACACGGACAUUUCCGCUUCCUUCAAACGCUCCGUUGUAUGCUGAUGGGAUAUCUCGCAUUCCAUCUCUUCCUUCUCGUGGACUUUUUUGGUUUUGAAGAGUUCCAUGCUGACAGCGUCCAGACGACAAUUCAGAGUCGAGAGCGAACGCACGAUCUCACGGUUCUCGUUCAGAACUUCCUCCAGACGGGCUUCUAUUUUGAUCGCCUUUUGUUCCACCAACAGAAGCUCUAUUAUAUAGAAAAGUUAAGAAGUUCAUUCGGUAUAAUCAUAAAUUAAUGGUCAUUCGAGUUACUUCUUCUCGAGUAGUUGAUCUCAUUCAGCUGCUGGACGCGCUUCUCCGAUAAAUUAACCACACUGUUCUGCAAUUUCAACCAGGAUUCCUGUGAUUCCUUAAUUUUUACAUCCAGCUCGUUGAUAUCAUGCCGGACGUCAAGCAGCCUUAACUCAUCGGGAUUCAACUCGUGGCCUCCAGCUUGAUUGAUAAGGUGUUCCAGUUGGCGAUUGAGGGCAUCCAAUUUGCGCAGUUUAGCCGAUAUUAUUUCCUUGAUCACUUUGAUCUCCUCGUCGUAUUUCCUUGCUUCCUCGUCCAUCGAAUCAUGUUCUUUCUGUUAAGAAAAGUGUUAGUGAUCAAAAUUUAAAAAAAAAAAGUUUUUAUACUUUAACAUUUUGUACGUCCGCCUUUGACCUCUCCACAAUUCCGCGCCAUUUUUCCAGUUCCAACAAAACUAUAGACAACUGAUUCUCGGUGUCGGACAUAGAAAUCUCCAACUCUCUUCUUUUUUCCUGCGUUUCCCGUAAUGUUCUCCCUUGUGAUUCUCCUGCCUUAUCGGUGGUUAUCUGAUCCUGCAGGAGCUCCAAAAUUUGCUCCUCGAGCUCGAAUUUUUUCUGAUUUUGCUUAUUCAAAGUUUGGCGAAGUGAUUUCAGAUGAUUUUCGAUCAGCAGCCCUUCCUGUUGGGCUUUCAACAUGUCCGCCUCGGUCUGCUCCAGUAUCAGUGCGUAAUGAUCCAGUUCACGUGUCAAUUUAUCGUCUUCCUCUUGCUCCUUGAUCACUGGUAGAAAUUAUAUUCAUAUGUUAUUCAAGAAUGGUGAUUUGAUGUUUAAAACUGGAAAAUUAUAAAUAAAUGAAAUUCCAAUUAAAAGCCUAUAUUCACGCAACCUUACCCAAUGUGCGAUAAAGAUGUUGUGAAAUAAUAGCAGCAAAUCACUCUCGCGUGUGGUUCGGUUUGACUACAACCGAAAGAUGGGUGUUACUGUGUAGCAGCAAAAGUCUUUCUCAAGACUAAAAUCGAUCUCCUAAACAAAUCCGAACAACUGUUCGCGGUCGAACGAGUCCGCUAACUUAUUAACCGGUAGUCACGAGUUUUCGUAUCGUAUUUUCUAAAAAGAGGGGCUAAGUUCUGAACAUGAAAUUGGUCCUUCGAGAAGAAGGAGGAUAUACUGGAUUAUGUGACGUUGUUGGAGCACUACGCUUCCAAUUACAACAAGGAGAAGCAUCGAAAGAGACAAGUGGAUGCUUAAGCUACGAAACUGGAGAAAUUUGACGACGAGUUCCAUAGUGUCGCUGUCAAGCUGGAGGCGCUUUCAACCGAGAAUAAUCCAAUCAAUCCGAAGGGUGACCGAAAAAUAAAAAUGACAAUAUAUAUCAAUAUAUAUAAAUUGGUCAAGUCCAUCAGUUCCAUUUCCUCCAAUCAGUUGGCGAUUAGAGGACUUGUGCGUAUUUCGUGAUUCUUUUGAAUCUGCUGUAAGUUCCCGAAGUGACAUCGGUACUGAAGAUUGUACUCGAAAAAAAUGCUUUUAAUGCUAGAAAAGCUUUUAUUGCAUGGGUAGAAAAUUUGUGUAAAACUAAUGUUCGUAACAAUCUGUGAUAUUCUCGAGAUUACUUCCAAGCAAGAAGUGCUUUGACAAAAAAAUUAUAAGAGCGCUCGUGGUAAUUACAGGCCAGUUCCACAGGUGGAUCGCGAAACAGUUGAGAAUCGACCAUUCGACCUUGUACCAUGUGGUAAAAUCGAUCAAGGACGACCCAACGGCGAGCUGGCAGCGGAAGAAAAGCAAAGACGACCGACCUCGCAAAGGCAAGGAUGAUGACGGUUUACUUCAAGCGCAAUCCGCUGGCUGCACUUCCUCCAGUCCCACGACGUUGACACUCUGUUUUGACCGGAUCUGGCAAAUUUGUUUAUUUGGACUAGGCUGUAAGCCCGUUAGCCUUCUUAAAAUUAAACAUGAAUACAGAAAACAUAAAACAUACAAACUUAAAACUUAUGCAUUCAGUUGGUCUCUAAGAUAUAAUCUUAAUCUUCUUCGAAUUUCUUCUGAUGUCAUAUUUACAGAAACAACAUUUUGCAGCACGUUGAAUUCACGCAUAAAUCUGGCUGUCGGUUCAUGCUGGGUGUAAUUUCUGUUCCUCAGGGGUGGGUCAAACAUCCUCCGUCGACGAAGAGAAACGGGGCUUGUGUUAAAACGAAUCCUGUCGUAGAGACGCUGGCUUUUGAUCCGUCCGUUCAGUACACGUUGCAAAAAAAUGGCAUUGUGCCAUUACGCGAAACCGGUGAUGGAGUGGUACGAAGCCAACGAUGUUGUUUUUGUGCCGAAAGAGGAAAUCCACGAAACUCGUCAGAACUUCACCCAAUAGAAACAUUCUGGGCAAUUAUGAAGGGCAAGCUUCUGAAAGCAAGGAAGGUCUUCAAAAAAGUCAAGGAUUUGAAGAAAGAGUGUGUGUGGACUCCAGAAUGCAUAUUGACAGCACUGCCAGCUAUAACUGUCUCGCCAUACUCGUUCUUCCCACCUUUUAUGUGUACUCCUUUUACAGCAACCCUCGAGCUCGGUCUGACAGCUCAUAUGAACACGACACACGGAUAAUAUGCCUCUUCCUUGUUACGGCCAAGACGGGUCUAUGGUACUAGGUGAGGCCGUUUCGUCACUAAGUUGGUUAGUGGAGCGGUAUAUGAAAACAGCACGGAAGAAAGUAGAAGGGGAAUUAUUUGCUUGUAGCGUGAAAGAGACAGACUGAUCACGAGCGAGCUUCGACAAUAGCGUAUUGUGUUUUGUUUACAAACAAAACACAGUAGACUUCCAAGAUGGCUGAAGAGUGGUUUUAGCAAGUUGGCCCACCUUAGUAUAUACUUCUAGGCGCCUUGGUUACUUACUGGUAGAUGUGUUUGCGAGUCCCGGGACAAAGUAGCAUACCCCACGGAGCCCGGUGAUUCACACCAGUGGAUGGAAGUGCGUUCAACCUAGGAGAAGAGGUUGAAUAAAUCAACUUUACAGAAAUAUAGCUAAGGCCUGUACUCGAAAAAAAAACGCACCAGGCAAAAUUAUUCGCCAAAAAUUUGUUUCGAGUCGGAUUUUCUUGAAACUUUCAGGGAAUGAACUAAUACAUAUGGGUUAUGUUUCGGCAUAAUUACUUUAUUCAAUUUCCUUUCCAUCGCCGGAAGCCCGCACCUUUCCCUUAAGACCCCUCAAUACAUUUUGUGCAAUGAUGGAACCAACCUUUUUGGUCACUUUCAUCCAUUCUUUCUUCAACUCCAGCUCGUUCUUAAACACCUUCAACGAUUUUCAAACUUUGGAUUUCAUUAUGACCCAAAAUCUUUCCACCGGACGAAUCUCUGGUGAACUUGGGGGGUUGGCGGUUUUUGAUACAAAAACAACGUUAUUGUCUCUGUACCAAUUCAACGUCGAUCGCGCGUAAUGGCAUGAUGCGAGGUCCAGCCAAAAUAGUGUCUCGUCACCGUGGGACUGCAGGAAGGGCAACAGACGCUUAUGGAGGCAUUCGGUGCGGUAAAUUUCGCUGUUGAUAACGGUUUACUAAGUUAACCUCAUUGGCAGAUGGCGUGCCAGAGCAAGUAUUUUUUUUGGCGAAUUUGUUCACUUUUUUUUCCUUACGUCUUCCGGAACAUCAAACCGUGAUUUGUCAAUGUAGAACUCCAGCCCCAGUAUCUGCUUUGCGUCUGCCUUGAUGUAGGGUUCGUCAUCCAUAACCACACACAUCGGUUUCGUUAACCACUCUCGAUACAGCUUCCUUGCGCGAGAUUCGGCCGCCGUGUUUUGUUGAUCAUGCCGGUUCGGUGCCUUCCGGACCUUGAAUGCACGAGGCCCAGCUCGUUUCAUGGUUUGCUGAACAAACCAGGCGGAACACUUUGCCUUUAGAGCCGAGUCACGAAUCGAAAGGCUCGGAUUACGCUUGAACCAAUCCAACACCUUCCGGGUCUUCACAGGGUCAGCUGUCUUAGAUUUUCUUCCACUUGCAGACCGCUGCUCGGUCAUCUGGGACUCCUUAAACGAUUUUACCACCCGAAACACAGUUGUAUGGGUGAUUCCCAGUUGUCUUCCGAUUCAUCUCAUGGUCACAGUCGGAUUUUCCAUGACGGCGCGAAAAAUUCUCUGGCGAUUUUCUUCUUGUUUCGAAGACAUCUCGAUAACCACUAAACCGAUUGUUAUAAAAAUUUGCACAUGUAAAUGAUACACUGCAAACUAGUUAUACUCAAGGCGCGUAGAAGUAUAUCCUAAGGUGGGCCAACUUGCUAAAACCAUUCUUCAGCCAUCUUGGAAGUCUACUGUGUUUUGUUUGUAAACAAAACACAAUACGCUAGUGUCGAAGCUCGCUCCUGAUCAGUCUGUUUCUUUCACGCUUCAAGGAAAUAAUUCCCCUUCUGCUUUCUUCCGGACUGUUUUCAUAUACCGCUCCCCUAACCAACUUAGUGACGAAACGGCCUCACCUAGUACCAUAGACCCGUCUUGGUUAUACCCAGAUUUUCAUCAAUUUUUACUCACGGACAAAUAAAUUAUAGACGGAUAAAAAUGGUGCAAUUUUUUCGAGCACAGGCCUUAAUAUGGGAGAUUCAAAUACAUCCGAUUUAAGAUGAUUUUUGGUGAUCAUUUAUGUCUGUUGCCUUUUUUUAGUACGGCAUCAGCCUUGAUAUAAUUCUCGGCGCCGCAUUUUUCUUCCGUGUACUCCGAUAGGGACCAAUCUCUCUCGGUAAUAAUCUCCCCCUGCUCCAGAACAUCGAAUUUCUCUGGGUUGUUUCAGGUGAAUGUGAACUGGAAGAACGUGACCACUAUGAUCCACGUAAUUGUCAAUUCAGCAAAUCCCGCACAAUCGACAAGUUUGUGAACAAGUUCUGGCAGAUGGAAGAAGCCCAACAUUCCACGGAUUGGUUGCCGUCCGAACACUGCUGCGAGGAACAUUUCCCGAUAAACACCACGCAAAUCUCCGAUAGUCGCUCCGUCGUCUCUCUUGCUACAUAUGCGGGAAAUCAGAAUCGACGAACGUAACUACAAGCCCCGGUAUUUUGAUCCUCUGAGGUUGUUCCAGAUCCUCACCGUUACCUAAAUCACCAGUUGUUCCCCGUUUCUGGCAAUCAGAGUACUGAAGAACCUCGAUGAUGAUGAAGCGCACUGUUUUUCUCUAGCAGCUCCACUUCUUCGUCGCGGCUGUUAUGUCGAUUUUCUGCUGGCUGGAUUAAACGACGAAGCGUCUCUCACCUCUACCUGCAAACAGCUUAUCACCAUGCUUGCUCCGGCAAUGGAUCUCCACCAGUCAGGCCGUUCUUGAAACUAUACCACCGGAACUUAGAAAAGACCGCAACACUACUUCUUCUUCUGAAGGAGCAUUGAACCACUGCGACCAUUAGUUUGAUCUAUUAUGGUGAAACACUGCUUGAUCUAGACAACGAAGCAUCGGUCACAACGUUAGGUUUCCCAGCGCAAGGGAAACUGCCACUGACUUACUCUCAUUCAAACAACCAAAAUGGAAAAGGAGUUCCACACUGAGCAAAGGAACGAUAUUGUCACAGAUAAGCUGCUUGUUCGAUCCACUAGGUCUUAUUGGACCAACUAUUUCGAAGACGAACAUCUUGCUAAAAUGAUGCAAUUAAUGCAACACUCAAUUCUGAUCAUGGUUUGUCCGAUGCGUUGACAUUCAUUUGUCCACAUGAAUACUAUGGCAGUCGCUUGGUGCGCAGCAGUUUGUUUAUUAUCAACGAACAUAGACAGUUACCAGGUAUGCUACGAGUAUAAAGGUCCUCGCGGAAGUAUUAGUAAAUAGCGUGCAAUUUGUGAAAAAUUUUAGACAAAAUUUUAGUUCACUUCGUCUCCGAGUUCAAUUUUGUGUAAAAACAUACAGAAAAACGGGAUCAUAUCAACACAGUUCAAAAGUUUUUCAGAGUUUCUGAACACAACACUGCACUCUAUUUUAUAUGUGUGAGUAAUUUUCGUGAACGGUACAAAAGUGUGGCUCACCUGUAGCAUUUGCAAACCCAAACUCAUUUUGAUUAUAGGUGAUUUUUACGAAGAAAAAUCGAUUUGCCUUUACUAAUUCCAUGAAAACACCCAAAAUCGGACAAACCAACAUUAUUUACCAUACCAUUCUGUAUUUUAUUUUAGUGACUUUCAACUCAUUUGGCUGGUUCGUCACUUUGCUUCUAUUUUUGGAAGAAUUUUGGUAGUGAGAAUUGAACUCGUGACCAUUAGCGUGAGAGGUAUGGAUGUUACCACUACGCCAGAUCGCCUCCGCUUACCAUAUCAUUGAACGGUGAAUUUCCCUGAAUGCUGAGAAGAGGCCUGUCUCAAUCGAGAUUCCAUCCCCAACGGAGACAUUAUACAAUUCCUCCAUCAGUGACUGAUGAAUUCCCCCGAAUUCCAUUGGCGGUCGGAAUGUUUUAAACUUGUAAAUAAUAAAUAAAUAAAAUUCCAAAUAAUGACCAAUAAUUACGCAACCGCACCAAGUGUUCGCUGCUGUGAAACAAUAGCAAUAAAUCACAGUAGUAUACUGUGCAUAGCAAUACAGAAAAGAAUUGAAGUGAAUCUUGUUGCGUGUGGUUCAGUUUUUCUACAACCGAAAGACUGGUGUUGCUGGUGUUACCAACAUUUCCCCCAAAAAAGUCUUUCUCAAGGCUAAAUUCGAUCUCCUCAAAACGUCCAUGUAAGAGACGAAUGAACUCUCAGAGUUUAAAGUAUCUAUAAUUCAAAACCUGAACCUGAACCUCAACAAAUAUUCGCGGUCGAAUAAAUCCGCUAACUUUUUAACCUAUAACCACGAAUUUUCGUAUCGUAUUUUCGAAGAAGAUAAAGUGCUAAACAGCUGAUUUACCUUGUUUCUCCAAAGCAUUAAUAUCCCCCUGGAUCCUUGAUUUAAACCCAGAAAGCUUCUCGUUCUGUUCCAUCUCUUUAGCGGCGGCCUUCUUCGUGAUAUCAGUCUUGCUUUUGAUCACUUUGUGUUCCUCGUAAACGCUUCUACAAAAGAAACAAAAAAUAGACAACAAUAGGCAAAUCAGGCAAAGCAAUAAACAAAUCCACGUACUCCAAAUCAUCUUUAGUUUUCGACAGCACUUUGUCUCUCUGCUGAAUGGCCACGAUUACCUCUCCCCAGGCCUGGAACAGUCGCUUGUGUUCGUGUUGCAACGCCUCCAGGUCGGAAUUUGCAUCCGCUAGACUUUUAUUAAUCGUUUCGGUAACGCCUUCCUGCUCCUUGAUUUGCUCUUCAAUCCCCUCCAGCUCCCGUUCCUUUCUGCGAACUUCCGCAUCCAAGUUGAACACCAGCAGAUCCACCUGGCGUUUUUCCUCUGCCGCCACGAGCUGAUCUUUCGCGUCUUUGCUGGCAACUCGCUUGGCGAUUGCAAUUUCGUCCUUGAUUUCCUUGUCCCAUUUGGAAAAUUCGCUCUCCAACACGGUCAAGUUAUCAAGUUCUUGAAUGUGUUCGUUGUAGAUUUUCUUGAAAUCCUUCAAUUUGCAAUUUUGCUCGUCAUACUCCUGCUUGUACGCAGCAACCUUCUGCUCUUCCGCUUGUCUUCGUUCCGAAACUUCCAUGAUCUCCUUGCCAUAAAUAUCGAGCAGCUCCUUCUGGCUGUCGAUUUCCUCCUGCAGAUCGUACAGUCGGGAACCAACCUCUUCGGACUCCUUCUCAUUUUCCUCCAGACGAUGGUCCAACUCAGCGAUUUCCUCCUCCAACUGGUUUUGGACGCGAAGCAGAUGAGCCUUCAGUGCCUGCUGGAAUCUCUCUAGCAGGGGAUGGUCCUUCUCCAGAACACCCGAUUGGUCCACAAUCGAUUGAUUGAAUUCGUCCGCCUGGACGCUGAUUGAAAUGGGAUUCUCGUCAGGAUGCAUGAUUUUUUUUUCGCAAGAUAGAAUAGUUUGAUGAACCGGCGGUGAAAAUACGAGCUGGCUUCUGUAGUCAACAGCUAUGCCGUUGUUAUGGUUAUCCUUUCCAUUCGAGGAAUUGAUCAUACAAAUUCAGCUGCCAUGGUUGCGCCACAUUCGAGAGGCGCAAAAAUAAGCACCCGCUUCGGCGCAACAUGUGACACAGCGCGCGCCAGAUUUGAAAAUUGAGUACCGAAUCGAGAGUCGCUCAGAUAGGGGACGAAUUGAGUGCCUGAGUUGGCGUGGUUUCGUCGAUUCGACUCAGCUGGUGAGCACCAAAACAUAAACAAAAGUUUGCUGGCCCAUCAGUAAUUGAGAUUUUUUCCUGAAACAAAACGGAAAGGAUGCGCUUCUAAUCCUUUAAAAAUAAGUGGUGAUGGAUUACAACAUAAGCAGAUUGUGCAGAGUGUGCCUGGAGGAGGGUGUUUUCACCUCCAUUUUCAGCACGGAGCUUGUGGCAAUGGCACCCGCUGACAUGCUGACGAUGUGCGCCAACAUAAAAGUAUCGAAAAACGAUGGAUUGCCGACCACUAUAUGUAACAAUUGCAUGUACCGGCUGGGAGUGGCGUUUCACCUGAAGCAGCAGUGUGAGAAUUCGGAUUUGAGACUGCGACAAUACAUCGGUUUGAUGACCGGAGUAUACAGUAGUUCAUUGGAGAAAGAAACCAUGACCGACGAAUCUUGGUUACUUUCAUUGAAGAAAUCGGAUGAAAUGGAUCGUAAGGUGAUAAAAAAGAAAUCCAGUGGCAGAAACAGAUAUAAACCGAAACCACCUGAGGACCGUAAGAAGCGCGGUCCGAAGCCUACGCCAAAGAUACCACAAACAUGCUAUCAGUGCCAUAAAACCUUCAAAUGUGCAGCCCAAUUGCAGAUGCAUUUGAGAACACACAGUGGCGAGAAGCCAUUCUCUUGCAGUUAUUGUUCGAGGCGAUUUGCUCAGAAACAUAAUCUAUCAAUUCACAUCCGUACGCACACAGGAGAACGUCCCUACCAGUGUGAAAUCUGCAGCAAGCAAUUCUCCGCCCUCGGUAACUUCCAGGCCCACAAAAAGAUUCACUCCAACCAGCGAGACCACAUAUGCCCCUCGUGCAACAAGGCAUUCAUAACGUCGGGUGAUCUCACCCGCCACAUGGUUUCCCACUCCGGCAUCAAAAACUAUCACUGUGAUAUUUGCGCCAAAAGUUUCAGCCGGAACCGAGACAUGGUUACGCACAAGAAGAAAAUCCAUCUGAACGAUCGAUCUACCGAGAACAACUACAAAUGCCUUGAAUGCCAUAAAAUCUUUGCCACGCCGGAUAGUUUGAAUCUCCACGUGCGUAUCCACAAUUCCAUGCAGUCCACAACACUAAUGCCGCCACCGCCGUCUGCUCCAUCACAACCGCAGCCACAAAUUCAGCAACCAAUUGCGAUCGCGCCUCAUCACAGCCUGGGCACCACUCCCCUGGGAGUCGGCCUCGGAAUGUUGCCCCACACGCAUACCCAAACCAGCUAUCACACCCAGAUGCAUCCGGCGCAAAGGCUUCAUCCGUACUGAGAAAACACAGGGAUAGAAGGAUGCGUUUCGGAUAGAAUAAAACAUCUUUUUUUUUGUGUGACAAAACAAUUCAACGAGUUUAGUUUCUUUCGUAACAAUUGAUCUAUCUUACGCACUAUCUGAACUAGAACAACGUGAUAACUAUGCUUUACUACAUUAUAUAUAGAACUGUCUGGAAUUAAAGCACUUUUGUAACGCAUGUUGCGGGGUG